GCGCGUGCCGCCGUCAGUGGCGACCGGUGCGCGGUGCAGUGGGGUGUGUCGCGUGCCGCUCCGGUCGUACUGCUGGUAACAAGACUCUCCUUCUUCAUUGAAUGUCGCCAUGGAGCAGGCGACGCUCUGGCUCGGCCUAGCGUGCCUGGCGGCGGCGGCGCUGGCGCUGGACGACUUCUACUUCUCGCGCCACCCGCAGAACCUGGUGGUGCGCGACGGUGGCAGCGUCGACCUCGAGUGCAUGGUCUCCAACACGAGCUUCAUCAGGUUCUACUGGCAGCUGGAUGGCGAGACGGUGGACAACUCCAGCCGACGCUUUCAGCGCGGCAGCGACCUGCACAUCACGCGCGUUGACCGUCGGCUGGACGGCGGACACUUCACCUGCAUCGCUAUGAAUGUGACGACCGGCUUCAGCCUGACCAGUCUGGCGGCCUCGCUCAACAUCCAGUGGCUGGACCACACGGCCAGCGUUCAGACCGUGCCUCCCUCUCCCCUGCUGGAGGUGGAGGCCGGCACGGACGUCACUCUACACUGCAGCGCCAACGGCUCCAGCGAGCCCUCCUACCAGUGGUUCCGCAACGGCGAGCGGCUGUCGCGGGGGCCGCGCGUGCAGCCGCGCCGGCGGCUCCUGCUGCGAGCUGUGCGGCCCUCGGACGCCGGGACUUACUCCUGUACAGCGGCUAACCCGACGGCCGGCAUGGUGGCGCGGAGCAACGGCACCCUGCCGCUGGUCGUCACAGGCUCUGGGGCACCGCGCCUGCUGCUGGCGCCCUCCGACCAGCUGGUGCGGGCCGGUGGCAGCGCCCGGUUCGACUGUCGGUACAGCGGCGCCGACACGGUCCACUGGGAGGUGGGCCACCAAGGACCGGUCGGAGACGACAGGCGGUACUCUGUGCUGGCCAACAACAGCCUGGUGGUACUGUCGACGGCACCGGAGGACGAGCAGUGGUACCACUGCGUGGCCGGCGGUACCUCCGACUCUGUACCGGUACAGCGGUACAGCGCCCGGCUCCAGCUGGCCUACCUGAAGCCUCUGACGGCCGAGUCGGUGGAGCCGGCGCCCUCCGUCCAGGGGGUGCACGUGGUGGCCGAGGGCCGGCCGGCCCAGCUCACCUGUCUGGCUCCGGCCGGACUGCCGCCGCCGACUCUCCGCUGGCUGGACCCGGCUGGAGCGGAUGUCACAGAUCGGACUCAGUCCCAGCUGGAGGGCGCCGCGCUUCUCUCGCUGGAUUCCUCCCAGGUCAACGUGGAGGGUAACUACAGCUGCGUGGCCGAGAACCUGGCCGGCAACUCCAGCCUCCUGGUGCAGAUCCUGGUGGCCACGCCGCCGGAGCUGCUCUCGGGCCCCGUGGACCUGGUAGUGGACGAGGGUGAGCGGACCGAGCUGACCUGUCAGUUCCGCGGCCUACAGCACCCCUACACCACCGUCUCCUGGCUCAGGGACGGGCGGCCAGUGCAGCCUGGGCAGGUGUUCUCUGGUAACGGCAGCCUGGUGAUCCCUCUGACGAAGCUCUCUCACGCCGGGAGGUACCAGUGUGUAGUGAACAGCACCGGGUUCCCCGACCCGUACCGCUCGUCCGCCGCACGGCUCACCGUCAAAGAGAAGCUCAAGUUCGCGCCGCGACCGGUGAACCGGGGCCUGGAGCUGGGGAAGACGGGCCGGCUGUACUGCCGCGCCUCGGGCAGCACGCCGCCGACUGUACGCUGGGUGAAGCUGCGCGCCGACGGACAGCUGGUGCUCGACUGGCCGCCGCACGUGACCGACGAGAACGGCACGCUGGUGUUCCGACCGGUACAGGAGGCCGACGGCGGCCGCUACAGCUGCGUGGCCACCAACCCGCAGGGAUUCAUCAACGCCACCAUCAACGUCACCAUCAUCGUGACGCCCAAGUUUCUGGUGACGCCGAGUAACCCGACCGAGGCGGUAGUGGGUCAGCCCCUGCUGCUCGACUGCCAGGCGUACGGCCGGCCGGAGCCCAGCGUGCAGUGGGACAGAAACUCGCGGCUCAACGACUUUGACGACUCCAGGUUCACCCGGCUGGAGAACGGCAGUCUGUACAUCAGCGAGCUGCUGAUGUCGGACACGGGACACUACGGCUGCAUCGCCGGCAACAGCGCCGGCUUCUCCAGGAACGAGAUCCAGCUGCUCGUCCGAUCGACGGUGGCGGAGCUGCGCGGCGGCGCGGUGACGCCCGGCGUGGCGGCCGAUGACGGUGCCAUGAUGACGCGCACGGUGGCCAUCACCGUGUCGGUGGCGGCCGCCUACCUGCUCCUGGUGGCCGGCCUGAUGGUCUGGUGCCGAUACCGCCGGCUGCGCCGCAAACAGCAGUACCUGCGCACAUCGGCAGAGGGCACCAGCGUGCUGCUGGCCAAACCGGAUCGGACCGAGGUGCUUCCCCCGGGCAGCAGCAGCGGCGGCCCAGUGGCGCGCUACGUGGGCUGUCCCCGCUCGGACGAGUCCUGUGCGCCGGGCACCAGCAGCCCCUCCCGACUGAGUCCGUCUGUGCUCGGCUCGGCUCGCCUCAGCCCGGCGCGCUACAACAGCUACCAAAGUAUCCGCUCGGACAGCAGCUCUCAGCCGAGCUCACACCCGAGCUCUCAGCAGAGCCGCCAGUCGGCCACCAGCGCCGGCACAGCCGGGACGUGCGACAGGAGGGACCUGCGGCCCGUCAUGGCGCUCGGUAAGGGUGAGUUCGGUGACGUGUACCUGGCCGGCGGCCGGUGCGGCUCCGAGCCCUCGGCCGCCGACAACUCCAUGGUCAUGGUGAAGGCCCUGAUGGACGUCCGGGACGAGCAGGCGGUGACGGAGUUUGCGCGCGAGGCGGAGCUGUUCGGUAAACUGACCCCGCACGCGGCCGUGGCGCGCUGCGUGGCGCUGCUGCGAGAGGCCGAGCCCCACCUGCUGGUGCUGGAGUAUAGCGACUGGGGCGACCUGAAGCAGUUCCUGCUGGCCACGCGGCGGGACACGACUCGCGGCCUGCCCAAGCCGCCUCCCAUCAGCGCGCAGCACGCGUACGGGGUGUGCUAUCAGCUGGCAGCUGGCCUGGAGCACAUUCACAGCCAGCGGUUCGUGCACAGGGACGUGGCGGCCCGCAACUGUCUCAUCACCAGCCGUCUGGCGGUGAAGCUAAGCUGUCCGCGGCUCUGCCGGGACGCCUACCGCGACGAGUACAGCCUGGUGCGCGGUGAGCCGGUGCCGCUGCGCUGGCUGCCGGCCGAGGCGGCGCUCGAGGACGACUUCUCCAGCCGCUCCGACUGCUGGUCGUGGGCCGUGCUCUGCUGGGAGGUGCUCUGUCAGGGCCAGCGGCCGCACGCGGCGCUCAGUGACGAGCAGCUGACGCGCCGGCUGGCGGCCGACGGCGCCCCGCCGCCCCUCCCCGUGCCGGCCGAUACGCCGGCGCCGCUGGCGGCCGCCAUGACGCGCUGCUGGGCCAGCUCGCCCCGGGACCGGCCCGAUAUGGCCGAUGUGGUACGGACGCUGGCAGUGCCGGACGCCUCAGAGACAGAGUGACGCGCGCGGCGGGGGUGAGAGGGAGAGAGGUGGAGGAGGCAGGGCAGUGUGACGCUAGGAGGCUGUCACUGCGUGCUGGACACCCACAGACUCGCGGGGAGAUGAGUGUUGUCAUGUGAGUGAGAACUUGCUUCCCAGGCGAUGCCUGAAAUAGCGACAUCCUCGGCGGAAGCAAUGUCCAGUACGCGCAGAUGAACAAGGCCAGGAAAUCUCAUCGGGGAGGGUAUUCUUUUACGAGCUUGAGUUGCCGUGGGGAGGUGAACACUCAAUAAAGUAAUCUCAAGUUCACUGGCGCAUAAUUCUGCGCGUCCUUCCAGCAUGCAGGUCUGAUCUUUUAGUGAGAUCAGCUGCUGGCAUGUAGACUCUGCUUUGGGACUUGCUGCAUGACAGACAGUCGCGCCGUGGCUUUGGGUCUUAUUGCUCCAUCAGUGGCGGUCGUUUCCAUCUUACACUGGGUCAGCGAGCUACUAAAUUAUCGUGUACUGUGUACAUCUGAACGUGUUAACCGAGGGUUUGGUGAGUCAUUUGCGCUUCCGCGGCCGCGGUCAAGGACUGCUCCUGUAGUUUUCGCUCCAAAGGGACGACAGAGAGUAAAUCUCUGGCAGAUUUGUCACGCACUUCGCCGGACCGAAGCCUCAUCUUCACUCACGCAGCUCGUAUAUACGCCGACCUGCGCGCUUAGUUCGCUGUAUCUGAUUCGUAUUGGUAUGCUCAACGAAUUCGUUUUGCCGAGCGCCUGGGUGUCUGGGGUCUCCGCGGUCGGCAGCGGCCGACCGUUUGGGACGAGUCUGGAGUCUGGAGUAUUCAGACGUCUGGAGUCUGGAGUACGCCGCUGCAGUCUGGAGUCGACCGUCAGGCGCCCGCCGGGUCCGACCGCCUAGUCAUUUCACGCAGAGGGGCACCGGGGUGUCGCGUGUACCGUUCAUUGUGUCAUGUCACUUGUGUUCACUGCAUAAUCCUGUGUGGGUUCAGUCAUCCUGAGUUUUGCGAUGGCAUGCACGCGUCGUCUUCACGGAUUAACGCGCGAAUGUGUUUUAGCGAAUCAUGAGUAUGUUCUUUGUAUUUUUAAUAAUAAAGGAGCUGACAUACCUUU